GCCAAAGCGAGGUAGUCGAGAGAGAGCGCGCAAAGAGAAAGGUUUCAACCCAAAGGAACACUUCGAUUCACUUCAACCGAUAUUUAUUUAUUUAUCUAUUUAUUCUGACCUUUGCUUUGGGAUGAGCGUACCGCUUCUGAAGUUUGUAUGGGUGGCAGCAUUCAGCGCACUCCUUUCUGCGCCGGGACUCCAGGCUUCUCCAGUGGUGGGGCAGGAACCCAUCCGCUGCGCCCCGUGCUCCCCGGAGCGGCUGACUGAGUGUCCCGCGGUGGAUGCCGGCUGUGAGGAGGUUCUUAAAGAGCCGGGCUGCAGUUGCUGCUUCGCCUGCGCGUUGAAGAAAGGAGACUCGUGCGGCAUCCACACUGCACCUUGCGGCUCUGGGCUGCGCUGUCUGCCGAAACCUGGAGAGCCCCGACCCCUGCACGCGCUCACCCGCGGACAGGCGGUGUGCACGGAGAAUCCCGAGCCCGAUCAGAACCAAAGCGAACAAGCCCAAGACCAUCCUGAGUCUGGGGCAACGGCUACGAAUGAAGGCAGCUCUACGUUCUUUGUGCACGGACAUGGCAAGCCCUUCGACCCGCGGGUCAUCACUGCUAAAGAGAGCAUGAAAGCCAAAGUCAACGCCAUACGAAAAAUACUCGUCGAGCAGGGUCCUUGUCAUAUUGAACUACAAACAGCUCUUGAGAAGAUCACUAAAUCCCACCAGAAACUUGGAGACAAAAUGACCAGAUUCUACCUUCCAAAUUGCGACAAACACGGUCUAUACAAAGCCAAACAGUGUGAAUCGUCUCUGGAUGGUCAGAGGGGGAAAUGUUGGUGCGUGUCAUCCUGGAAUGGGAAGAAGAUUCCCGGAUCAAGUGACCUGCCAGCAGAUGCAGAGUGUCCCGAGGAACUCAACAACUGAUCUCUCACAUAGGCACAAACACUGGGGGAUCUAAAGAACUAAACCACUGAUCCCCUCUCUCUCUCUUUCUCUGUCACACACUCACUCUAUUAUGCCACUGAUUAUUGUCGUUAUAUUUUUUACAAAUAUCAUAGUAUUUAUUUAUUGAAUGUGGUGUUAUUUAAUUCAGGUACACGGUUUUAGAAUUGGUAAACUCCCUGAACUGUCCAAAAAAAGAAAUAUAUUUUUCUGAAAAGAAAAUGAAUAUGUAUUUUACAUGAAGUACCCGUACUUAUUUAUUUAACUGAAUGUAUUCAUUUCAAUAUCUGGAUAAGAAUAUUUAUUCUUUAUGCCUUAUACAUAUUUUUGUAUGGUGGAAAUGUGUGUAUAUUUACUGUAUAUAGAUGACUGUGUCUUAAUUUCCUUCAGGCUUGCUGUGUAGGAAGGGAAUGAAAUACAGAAAGCACUGCAUGACCAAACCUUUUGUCACUGUCCAUACAUUGCCAUAUUUUUAUACUGUAUAUGUUUAUAUUGUAGUGUACUCGUUUUGUUACUGGUUGUACUUUUAAUGAUUGAGAUUAGACGGGUGUGAAAUGGGGAUAGCUACUUAUUUUUUACAUGCAAAGUAUUGGUCUUCAGCUUUGAAACGGGUCAUUUCCUACCUCUGCCUUUUAUGUUGAUUAUGUGUUAUCUCAGACUUCCUUACAAAUCAAGUGGGUUUUUUGUGUUUGUUAUUUGCUUUUUAUGUCUUAAUUCCAUUUUGUGCUGUCUACAUAUUGUGGUCCAUUUGUUAUGUUUUUAGCAAUGCAAUGUCCAAUUCGAUUGCUUUACUCCAAAGCAAUUGCUCAUGUGUAUAUUUGUAAUUGCAAUUCAUUGUGGGCAAAAAAUAAGUAUUUAAUAAAUCUUUACCAGCAUAA